GGUUGGUACGGUUUAAAAGCCAAUAACUUCCACCGCUUACUUCAAGUCGUAUUGUUAUUUCUUUUUACAAGUGAUUCUUUCACAGUCAACAUGGGUAAGCCCCGUGGAUUACGUACGGCGAGAAAACACGUGAAUCAUCGUAGGGAGCAACGUUGGGCUGAUAAAGACUACAAAAAGGCUCAUUUGGGGACCCGUUGGAAGGCCAAUCCUUUCGGUGGAGCUUCCCAUGCCAAAGGAAUCGUCCUCGAGAAAGUUGGUGUUGAAGCUAAACAACCCAAUUCGGCUAUUCGUAAAUGCGUGAGGGUACAAUUAAUCAAAAAUGGAAAGAAAAUCACAGCUUUUGUACCCCGUGAUGGUUGUUUGAAUCACAUUGAAGAAAAUGAUGAAGUUUUAGUUGCAGGUUUUGGUAGGAAAGGUCACGCCGUUGGUGAUAUUCCUGGUGUUAGGUUUAAGGUUGUUAAAGUAGCUAACGUCUCCCUAUUAGCUUUGUAUAAAGAGAAGAAAGAACGACCAAGAUCGUAGAAAUGAUUUUGUAAAAUAAAAAAGUUAAAUUAA